AAUAGCAUUUUUUAUAAUAAAAUAACAAUAUUUUUCUUUCUGAUUAUUUUUCUUUUUCAUUCACUGGUGGGCAUGACGUCAUGGUCCUUAUUUACAUUUUUGGAGCCGGAGUGCUAGUUUUGAUUUUAUGUUUGUAGGAAAACUCAACAGGAGACGUAUUAGCUAUAGAGUGAAUACCCAUAAUGAUGGAGUCACAGUUUGAAAUUAAAAAGGAAAAGAAGCAAAUCAAUGAAGAAAAAGAAUCACUUAACGACAAAGCCUUAUGCUUAGUGGAAUUUUCUAACGCUUGUUUGAGGAAAACUCUGAGUUCUGUUAACUUUGAGAUGUAUAAAGGAAAUAUUGUGAACCAGAAGUGUAGACGCAUUCUUGUUGCUUCAACUGAUCAUCUGAUGUAUUCUGGAACCAACUAUGAUCGAAGCAUGUUUCAAGUCACCUCUUCUGUAUUGAAAAUUGCAGUUUUAAACAAAAGAACCCAGAGAUUUAAAUUAUAUGAUGUUUGA